UCAGUCAUAAUUAGCACAUCAACUUCCGUGUAUCGAGGCACCACCAGCACCGCUGCUGCUGCUGCUGCUGCUUCCGCGUCACAUGAACCUUCAGCCCGCCGGACGGUCCAGAGCUGCCCGCCACAAACACCCAGCACCAUGCGCCCCAUUCCCGAGGAGUUAACGACGCUCAUUGCAGAUCUAGAGAGUUUCCUUUGUGAUGGAUUAAAAGGGGAAAAUCUUAGCAAGAAGGCAAAAGAGAAGAAGGAGGCCUUCAUCAAGCGGAUUAAAGAGGUCAAACUGAGUUUCCCACAAGAUUUCAAGGACAAAAGUGGAGAUGACUCAGAAGAGGAGGAGGAAUUUGACAGCAACAACGACGGAGGCUCGCUGCAGUCUGAGCGCACAGACAAGGAUGAGGAGGCCUGCGAAGGUGCCCAGCAGUCCCCACCCGUGGCGGCUCAGGACCUGACGUCUGUCUUCAAAGCUGGAUACCUUGAGAAGCGCAGAAAGGAUCACAGCUUUUUUGGCACCGAGUGGCAGAAGAGAUGGUGUGCCCUCAGCCAUAACAUCUUCUACUAUUACGGCAGUGAGAAAGACAAGCAGCAGAAGGGGGAGUUCAAUAUCGACGGGUACACUGUCAAGAUGAACAGCACCUUACGCAAGGACUCAAAGAAGGACUGUUGCUUUGAGAUUUCGGCUCCAGACAAGCGAGUCUAUCAGUUUUGUGCGUCAUCGACGAAAGAGGCGGAGGAAUGGGUGAAACAGAUAGACUUUGUUUUGAAAGAUAUGACGGGCAUCAUCCCAGAAGAUGAAGACGAGUUGGAACAGGAAGUGUACGAUGAUGUUGGUGCAAUCGAUGAAGACAUCUACGAAGAGCUCCCUGAGGAGGAGAUGCCUACUCCAGCAAAGCCUCCUCCAAAGGUGGAGCCACUGAGCAAACCUGCUCCGCCCGCUGCAGUUGAUAAGAGCACAGACUACCCCAACUACUACCAGGGCAUAUGGGACUGUACGGGGGACUUCCCAGACGAGCUGUCCUUCAGACGUGGAGAUGCCAUCUACAUCCUGAGCAGGGAGUACCAGAACUUUGGCUGGUGGGUUGGAGAGAAGAACGGAAGCAUAGGAAUCGUCCCCAAAGACUACCUGAUGGAGCUUUAUGUUCUAUAAAUACAGUCCUUGAUCCUCAUUCCUAUCCCAUUUCAACUGCAAGAGACUGAAGACGGCUGAACGAAAAGAUUUUCAUAUGACUGAAAUGCCUGUUUGAGUAUUUUUCUACAGUAGCUACACUUUACACUGCUUCUUUGUAUUUAUUUUCUUUCCACAACAGCAUUUCACCUUGAGCCUGUGGCCAAUUUUGCAUUUGCAAAAGUCCAACUGAAUAAAAAUCUAAAGGUGUGGUGUACCAGA